CGCCGUGUCCGGCUGUAGCUGCGCGCCCGCGCACCCGCAGCAGCUGCUGUGCGAUGCUGCGCUCGUGAUCCGAGCAAAAAUAUCCAGUGAAAAGGUGGUUCCUGCCAGUGAUGAUCCCCUUGAUACCCACAAAAUGAUCCGGUAUGAAAUCAAACAAAUAAAGAUGUUUAAAGGAUUUGAAAAGCUCAAGGAUGUCCAGUAUGUCUACACCCCUUUUGAUUCAUCACUCUGUGGAGUGAAACUAGAAGCCAACAACAAAAAACAGUAUCUUCUAACAGGCCAAAUUUUAAGUGAUGGCAAAGUGCUGAUCCACUUGUGCAAUUACAUUGAGCCGUGGGAUGAUUUAUCCUUGUCUCAGAAGAAAAGCCUGAACCAGAGGUACCAGAUGGGCUGUGGCUGCAAGAUCACCACGUGCUACUCGGUGCCCUGCUCCAUCACGGCCCCCAACGAGUGCCUGUGGACGGACUGGCUGGUGGAGAGGCGGCUCUACGGGCACCAGGCCCGGCACUACGCCUGCAUCCGCCGCAGCGACGGCACCUGCAGCUGGUACCGCGGGGGGCCGCCCCCCGAGAAGGAAUUCAUCGACAUCACCGAACCCUGAGGAUCUCCC